GAAUUUUAUCUCAUUUCAUUCGUUCCAAAAUUCAAAUUUCGUAUCGAUAAUGCAGCGACUUGUUUUAUCAUCCUGAUUUUGUUAUUGUUAUCAGUGAGGUUAUGUCAUACUGUCGUGUGUACAUUUGGCAAUAUGUCCAUCAAUAAUGCAGUAUUCAAAAUAAUAUUGACGAUAUCAUUGGGCUUUAUUUGUUUGAUUGGGGAUAGAUUAAGUGAUAAUUUGAUUAAUGCAGUGGCUCGUGCUAUGGUCGACAAUAUCACUCAUGCAUUAAUCGCCGGUGUGUCGUGGACACUCUUAACCCUUUUACUGAAUGAACCGAUAUUUAAAAAUGUUAUUGACAUUGCGUUAUGUGCAUUGAUAUCAUCACUCAUUGAUGCAGAUCAUUUUAUUCAAGCCAAAAGCUGGAAAUUAUCUGACGCAAUUCGCCUGACAAAACGGCCAUUCUUGCACUCCACAACAGUCCCAAUAAUUCUCUGGACAUUGAUGUUGUUGACCUCCAAAGUAUCGAAUAAUUUACGAAUGGAGCACUGCAGUUGGAUAAUCUUAAUGAGCUUCCUGAGUCAUCACAUUAGAGAUGCGACGAGACGUGGUCUGUGGUUCGCUCCAUUUGGCUCAACCAGGCCAAUACCAUACAAUAUUUAUAAUGCUGUAAUAAUUCUACUUCCAUACAUUUUUUACUACCUCAUGACACGUAAAAUAUUCGCCAGGAAAAUACCUGGUUAUCCUGUUUAUCGAAGAGAAACUGUUAAUUCUGAGUAAAGUCGAUAAUGAGUCAUUAUCAAGCGUGUCUUGGAUGUAAUGAGGGGUGAGGGAGGGAGAAUGAGGAAGGAAUUUUAUCGGGGCCAAUUAGCAUUGUGUACACAGUUGAGACAUUCUCAGGUCGAGAACGAAAAUCACCACAAAAUUUAGUCACAUGGUAUUUGAACGUGACUUAACAAGACAAUGAAUGAGUAAUUCUCAUCAAGAUAUUUAUACUGUUUUGAUUCAUAAUUUGAGCGGUGAUAUUGUGUGAUUAAAAAAAAAAUUGUGAUACGAAAUCAAGUAUUAAGUGCACGGUGGGUGCGUAUCUAACGACUAUCUUAUACGUUGAAAAUGAUAACAAGGGAACUGAUAGGGACUCCUCAGUGAGCCAAAUGAAGUGAACAAAGGUGGGAUACAUUACGUUUUUGACUGUAACAACGACGAUUGAACUGUUUGUGAAUAGGAUCGUGAGUUAUUGAGUGGAAUAUCAAUAAAAAUUACGAU